AUGCCUAUAAUCCUGACUUUAGAUGGGGAUAUUGUUAUAACCUGGCGCGACCUUGAGGACCCAACAGAGCCUAUCCUCGUUGCGCAUAUCAAAGAAGAUAUUCGAAAGGGUCUUGGUCCUCCAAAUACUAUGCUUCCCUGGUCUAAGGUUAAUACCUUAGUAUGUCUAGUUAUUGUGGAAAGAGGUCAGCAAUGUGGCAUCACCUUCAAGGAUAACGGCAUGAUGAAUCGGCAUUUUCAUAAGCAACAUACUGGCUGCUUUUUAACACCAGAUACAGCAGCGAUAACAUCUAAGGAGAGGGCGGACUCACACAAAAUCCUCGCGCGGUAUGUGGUGAGUACAGACUGGCGUAACGCCCAUUUUCUUGCCGAACCCGGUCGCAGCCCAAUCGGGAGCGAUAUUGGUCAGUCCGCCGACGUCUGUAGUUAUUUUGCCAGUGGGGUGAGGAUUUCCAUCGGGAUCAUGUUCCAAGAGCAGCGGUAA